UCCUGUCUCGCCCCGCCCUCUCCUCUGCGUCAUUUUGCCUUUUUUUUUUUUUUUGUUCCUCUCGUCCCGUCAUCACUGUUUACACCGUUACCUGGGAGACCGGCAGCCGGGACCCGCAGCGCGGCCACCGAGCACCGGCACCGCAGAAUGAAUAGAAAAUUCAGUUCCCUGAACUGAGUUAUUUUAUAAUGCCGGAUCAGGAUGAGAAAGGCAAAAAAGCUGAAAAAAGUUCUGAAAAGAAAGGUCAAGGAGCAGCUUCAAGGAAAUGUUCUGACGUCAAAAGACUUUGGUCCCUCUUAAAUGUGCAAGGUAGCAAACAGCAGCUCCCGGCUUUAAAACCCAUUGGCACGCCAAAGACUCAGCAGAAGUUUGGAAGAAACCACAUGCCUAAAAAUCAGUGGCAAGAAUCUACUGAAUCAGUAGAACUUGAAAAGUUUAGCAUUAAUUACAAAAAUGAAAGAAAUUUUAGCCAGCACUCUCAACAUAACUUAUUCCUUGACGUAUUUACGGCACUGGUAAAGAACAGGCUUGGAUGCAGAGAAUGGAUUGAUAGAGCUACAUCUGUUCACUUAUUGCGAGUAUUGAUCUGUUUGAGAUUAUUAAUCCGGGACCCAUAUUAUCAGGGGGUUCUUCAACAAAUUAAAGGAGUUGACAUUCUUGCACAGUACAUGCAGACAACAUGUAAUACUUACCUUUCAUCUGGAGAGGAUGAAUUUAAUGUUGACAAGUUGGUCAAUAUGACAUAUAUCUUUCAAAAACUUGCUGCCGCUAAAGACCAAAGAGAGUGGGUGAUACAGAGUGGAGCACAUGAAACCCUAGUGAAACUCUUAGCUGCAAGAGACAGUAACGUAUUACUGGGCACUCUCCUUGCUCUUACAAGUUUGGCCGAAAGCCCAGAAAGCAGAACUACAAUUAGUAGACUCAGCAUUGUAGAAAGUCUGAUGAUGAUACUGCAAGAAUAUGAUCUGCUCUCCAAAAGGCUUUCAGCAGAGCUCCUACGUCUUCUCUGUUCAGAGUCUGAUGUAAAGGAACAAGUGAAGAUUUAUGAUGGUGUUCCCACUUUGCUUAGCUUGCUUCACUCUGACCACCUAAAGCUGCUAUGGAGUGUUGCAUGGAUAUUGGUUCAGAUCUGUUCAGACCCAGAAAUCAGUGUGGAAAUUCGGAUAUGGGGAGGAAUCAAACAGCUGCUCCAUAUUUUGAAAGGGGAACAGUAUUUAGUUUCUGAUCGUUCCUCCAUCGGGAGCUUGUCAAGUGCAAAUGCUGCAGGCCGGAUUCGGCAUCUUUAUUUAUCUGAAGAUUUGAGCCCAAGGGAAAUACAAGAGAAUACCAUUUCACUCCAAGCAGCUUGCUGUGCAGCUCUUACUGAGCUUGUGCUCAAUGACACAAAUGCUCAUCAAGUAGUUCAGGAGAAUGGUGUUUACAUUAUUGGUAUGCUGAUUUUACCAAGCAGACAAAACGACUGUAUUAAAAGCAAAAGUACUAUGUUACAGUGUUAUGCAUUCAGAGCAUUAAGAUUUCUGUUUAGCAUGGAAAGGAAUCGAGAUCUGUUUAAAAGAUUUUUUCCUCCAGAUUUAUUUGAGAUGUUUAUUGAUAUUGGGCAUUAUAUUCGAGAGAUCAGUGCCUAUGAAGACCUUGUGUCUAAAUUAAAUUCUUUACCAGAAGAUAAUAUGAAACAAGUUGCCGAUAGUAUUGAAAGCAUCAAUCAAAAUAAAACACCCACAAAAUUUAUCGGCAACUAUGCAAUUUUAGACCACCUGGGGAGUGGAGCAUUUGGGAGUGUAUAUAAGGUCAAGAAACGUAGCGGACAGAAUCUCUUUGCAAUGAAAGAAAUUAAUUUACACAACCCAGCAUUUGGUAAAGACAAAAGAGACCGGGAUAGCAGUGCUGAGAACAUUGUGUCUGAACUAACAAUAAUCAGGGAGCAGCUUUGCCAUCCAAACAUUGUGCACUAUUAUAGGACUUUUUUAGAAAAUGACAAACUGUAUAUUGUUAUGGAGCUCAUUGAAGGUGCACCUCUGGGAGAACAUUUAAAGUCUCUUAAGGAAAAACAGCAACAGUUUACAGAGGAACGGCUUUGGAACAUUUUUAUACAGUUAUGCUUAGCACUGAGAUAUUUACAUAAAGAAAAAAGAAUUGUUCACAGAGACUUAUCACCAAACAACAUCAUGCUGGGAGAAAAAGAUAAAGUAACAGUCACGGAUUUUGGACUUGCCAAACAGAAGCAAGAAAACAGCAAGCUAACAUCUAUUGUUGGAACUAUACUGUACUCGUGCCCAGAAGUUGUAAAAAGUGUACCAUAUGGAGAAAAGGCUGAUGUGUGGGCAGCAGGCUGUAUACUCUAUCAGAUGGCAACUCUGAAUCCCCCUUUCCACAGCACCAACAUGCUGUCCCUAGCAACCAAAAUAGUGGAAGCUGUGUAUGUUCCAGUCCCUGAUGGUUUGUAUUCAGAAAAAGUUUCAAAUACAAUUAAAAGGUGCUUGACUUCAGAUGCAGAUCUACGGCCUGACAUAGUAGAAGUUUGCGCUUUAAUUUCAGAUGUUAUGAUGAGAUACAUGGACAGCUUAUCUUCUUGUCAGAUUGCUUUGGAGAAAAAACUGGAAAGAGAAAGAAAACGUGCCCAAAAAUAUUUCAUAGAAGCUAACAAAAAUACUGUGAAAUAUGGUCAUCGCCAUGCAUCACUACCUUAUGACCAAUAUGAGAAAUCCAGCAUGAGCAGUAGCAGUAGUAGCAGUGGAAUUGCAAGCUGCAAGAGUGACAUUUCAGAGAGUGCUUUCAUUCCCAUGGGGCUAUUGCAAACAAACAAUGAUAAAGGUUCUGAUGUCUUUCUUCCAGACCAUAGCUACUCCUUAGACAGCCUUGGCAAAGAUGUGUUUUCUGAAGUUGAAGAUGAACUAGAUAAUUCAAUCUAUUUUAAAGCACCAACUACAGGAACACUAAAACGAAGUAUCAGUGCUUCUGGAGGUGAAAUAUCUCAAACAGGAGAGCAUACAGGCAGCACAGGUUCUAAACCAAGACCAGCUUUGCUGCCUAUUGAUCUUCUUCUGAAAGUUCCUUCACUGGUGUACAGGUCUCAAAGUAGGAAGCUAGCGACUUCGUUAGGGGCAGAAUGGCCUGCACACAGUUUUUCUACUGUGGUUCUUCACAGUCUGAAACAUUCUGCAUCUGCAGGCAUUGCAGUGUCACAGAGAAAAGUUCGACAGAUCAGUGACCCUAUUCAACAGAUAUUAAUCCAGCUCCACAAAAUUAUCUACAUUACACAGCUUCCGCCUGCUCUUCAUGAUAACCUGAAAAGGAGGGUUGUCGAGCGAUACAAGAAAUCUCUUUUCAGCCUCCAGAGCAAUCCUUACAACCUUAAAGCAGAAAUUCAAAAGGUUGUACAGGGAUCUCCUGAGAUAAUAGAAUUCUUUGCUGAUGACUGCCAUGGAUUGCUGCAGUCGUAUGGAAAGUCACUGAUGUCUGACGACAGGACAGGUAAUGCCAACACCUUUGAAUUUGAUGGGGGAAUAACCUACGAGCAACUGCAGACAAUCAUUGAAGACAUUUUAGAGGACAGUGGCUACUAUAAUUUAACUUCAGACAGAUACUACUCAUUCCCAGUGGGAGUCAAGAACCUUCUAACAAUAAAACGAUGAUGGCUUUAACCUUUGCUAGACUCAAUGUUGCUGUGUUUUCUCCCAACUGUAAUCGUUGGUUAACUGAAAGCUGCUUAACAUACACAAAAUAAGAUAAUAAGGACUAUGUAAAUCUCAGGAGAAAACUUCUGAAGAUGCAAGUGACUGUAUUAUCAGAGGAGCUGAACUUGUUAUGAGAUGCUUGCAUUUUGAAAUGCUCUAUAACUAGAAUAAUAUGGGGAAGAUGUAUCAAAACCUGAGCAGAGAAAAUUUGACCAGUUGUCCAUGGCAACUAAUCAGAUUGUUUCUCAAAUUUGUAAAAAUUAACCAAAAAAUUUAAUAAAAGGCACAAUCUGAUUGGUUGCCAUGGGUAGCUGUUCCACUUUUACUUUGCACAGGUUUUGAAUAACCCCUCCUCCCUAUAUCUUUUAUAUUAUAAUGUAAAGACUUCCUUUAUUUUACUCUUUGCCCGCUGUGAUAACGUACAAUACAGCUUUACUGCAAAUUGAUGGUAUCUGAACAAAUAUUUUGCACAGAAGAACAAU